UUCAAUUUUCUGAUUGGUUUCCAAAUAAUAACAAACAAUUGACUCAUGUUCGUGUAAAUUUGAUUGUUUGAUUGCUUCCGUUUUAACUGGGUUCGUCUAAAUUUGAUUUUUUUUUUCUACAUCUUGUUCGACUUGUUGACUUGAAUGAUUCAAUUUAUUCUGGGUUUGUGUAAAAAUUGUGUCUUUCGUCUACGCUGUGGUGUAUUUGAUGAAUUGAAUGCUUAUGUGGAGAGGGUUGGUAUUCAUGGGGAACUAAAUUGCCACAAAAGUGUCUCCAUGUUAAUUAGAUCACAAGGAGAUGUCGUUGUUAGGUGUAAGCCGUUUUGUUCUUUCUUUGUUUUCAUAUCCAUAUAUUGAUUUUCAACCUUUCUUCGAAUUUGUCUUACUUGCUCCUUUUUGUAGUUUAGGUGUAAUUGAUUAAUGUUCAAGCCAUUAAUUAGUGAAACCAAUGAGCCAAAGAAUUGAAAUUGAUGAUGAAAAGUAUCAUAGGUUUUUAACCCUCUCUCAUACAUUUACCAUUGAGUUUGUUGUUCAGUGGUGUCUAAGGUCAAGAAGAUCAUGGUAAGUCGAUUAAUUUGUUAGAUUUCUAGAUUUAGGUAAUUGACAAUAACUAAGAUCAGAUUUAGUGUGGCUUUCUUGGAUUUGAUUGUGAUUGUGAUGUGUGUGUUAUGUGUGUGUAGGAGCAAGUGAUUAAAGUAAAAGAAACUGAGAUAUCACCUAUAACUCAGUUUUCUUCAUGGGUUUGGAGUGGGUCUCGUUACUCUUUUCCAUAACUUGACCUUGAUUUUUAGCAGCAAUAACUUACCCAAAUAUGGUUGUGUUGAGUAUGUAUUAGCUGGUUGAUGGUUCAACAAUGUAUGUAGUGAUUGUGGUGAGGAUGAGAGACAGAAUUGAUAGAAUCGAAUUGAGAAUAUUGGAUUUCUCUUUAUGUGAGAAAAUGGUGUAAUUAUUUUUUGUUUUUGUUGCAGAAAAACAUGUUUAUCCAGCAGUUCCAGGUCACUGUCCAUGAGAAGCAAAGUGAUUGGUGCGAUCCAUCUCUUUUGACAACCACAAAGCCUGUGUGUUUCCAAUAAAACAAGUUCAGCUGCAAAGGUGAUCUCAGACUUGUUCAUAAAGCGUUAUCGGAGACAUCUUUGACGUUUGGAGUGCAGCUGCAAAGGUUUAGUACAAAGAGAACAAGAACCUGUGAAUUUGCAUAUCGUUAUUUGAUGCUCUCACCUCACAUGUAUGAUUAGAAAUACAGCUAUGUAUUUGAUGCAAAGACUCGUUACCUCAUUUGGAUUAGUGAAGCAGUUAUCAAAGAAAAAGAAAAAUGAAGAGCUCUAUGCAGUUUAUCUCUACACUCUUCUUCCUGAUCCUACUUGUUCUCGGACCAGGUGUGAUAAAGAUGGUUGAAGGACAACCCCAAAUGUGCGAAGCCCAAAGCCUCAACUACCGCGGAUUUUGCGUGAGCUGGAGGAUUUGCAAGCGAGUAUGUAUGAGCGAAGGUUUCCCUGAUGGUCAAUGCAAAGGAGAAGAUUUCUUUGACAACAAAAAAUGUAUGUGCAUGAAGCCUUGUGCUAUGUAAUUCUACCUAAACAAAAUAUUAAAUAGUUAUAAAUAUUUUAAUUUAUUUGUUUUAAAAAAAAAGUAAUUUAAUUUUAAUCUAUCACUAAGUCUAAGAGUCUAAGAUAUCUAUACAUGUACUCAAA